CUUAAAACUAAUACAAAUUAGCGCUCAAGAAACCCCAAAAAAAUCAAAAAUUAAAAAUUAAAUAAGAAGAGUGGAAAAGCCUUUCCCUGGAUUUGGGUUUUGUUUCGAUUCCUACACUUUGAACUUUCCCCCUCAGCGCGGAUCAAGCUAAGGCUAGGGUUUUCUCUGAUCGGCGCGAUCCAUCUCCAUCUCCACGGAACGUCACUGUUGAAGCGGUUACAGUAAGUAGCACCUAUCAAAAGCAUUGUUCGCCACUUUGUUGCACAUCAUGAAUUGAGUUGGGUUCUCAAAUGAGUUUAAGGCUUUUGAUAAUGUUAUAGAAUGAUGAAACCAUAUUGGAGGAUAUAUGAGUUUGAGUCUAAUUAAACUGGGAUUGGGCAAUUUGAUGCUUAUGUGAAUGUAGAUCAAAGUAGUCAUUGAGGAUGGAUGAUGAUGGUGACAUUGAUAUUUUUUUCUCCAAUUGGAACAACAAGAAUCCCACAGAUCGCCUUUUUAUUGUCUCUUGCCUUAUCGCUGCUCUAGUUGGAAUUUUGACUAUAGCCUACUCCGCAUUCCAAUGGAGGAGAAAUAUCAAUCUAAGUUGGAUGAAAGCAAUAGCCAGGUCAAAGAAAAAUCCAAAGGCACGUCACAAAGUUCCUAUAGCUCCUCAUACUUGGGUUUUAGAAUCGGUAUCUCGUGGAAAGAACUUGAAUUGCUGUGUAUGCUUAAAGUCCAUGAGCCCUUCUCAAACUCUUGGACCUAUGACAGCUUCAGACAGUUUUAGUCACCGUUGCAGUAUUUGUGGUGCAGCGUCUCACCUAAGCUGCUCUUCUAGUGCGCACAAGGAUUGCAAGUGUGUAUCCAUGAUGGGGUAUGAGCAGGUGAUGCACCAAUGGGCUGUCCGUUGGAAUGAGGUAACAGAUCAACCGGAUGAAACUUCUUUCUGCAGCUUUUGUGAAGAGCCAUGUAGUGGGUCUUUUCUUGGUGGAUCCCCAAUAUGGUGCUGCUUGUGGUGUCAAAGACUGGUACAUGUUGAUUGCCACAGUAGCUUGUCCAAUGAAACAGGUGAUAUUUGUGAUUUAGGUCCAUUCAGAAGGUUGAUUCUAUCCCCUCUUCAUGUAAAGGAAUUGAACCAGACUUCUGCUGGUGGAUUUUUGAGCUCCAUUACUCAGGGGGCCAAUGAGAUAGCCUCUUCAGUACGUGCAACUAUUAGGAGUCAGAGCAAGAAGUCUAAGCAUGGAAAUGAAACCUCUGUUGAUACGGGAAAUAGUGGUAGUACUGGGGAUAUGUCCACAGAAAGCACAGCUGAUACUCAUCAAGCUGUUAAUGGUUCUCAUGAAAUUGAGGAAAACCGUAAUGGUACUUUGAAUGUGGAUUUGCAGCACCAAGAUGGUGAUGUAGAUAGGAAAUUGGAUUCUAAGCCUAGUUUCAAAAUGAGCUCGUCAAGCAAUAAUAAGAAGGUUGAGUCCCAGGUUUUAGGGAUGAAACAAAAAUACGAGUUGAUUGAUUUGUCACCAGAUGCAAGACCCUUGUUAGUUUUUAUCAACAAGAAGAGUGGGGCUCAGCGUGGGAAUUCACUGAGGCAACGAUUGAAUAUUCUUCUCAAUCCUGUUCAGGUUUUUGAGCUGAGCUCAACACAAGGACCGGAGGCGGGUCUUUAUUUAUUCAGAAAGGUGCCGCACUUCAGAGUUCUUGUUUGUGGGGGAGAUGGUACUGUUGGUUGGGUUCUGAAUGCCAUAGAAAAGCAAAACUUGUCGCCUCAUACAGUUGCUAUUCUACCUGCCAGAAUGGGGAAUGAUCUAGCUAGAGUUUUGUCAUGGGGAGGUGGUUUGGGCUCAGUGGAGAGACAAGGAGGCCUUUGCACAGUUUUGCACCACAUAGAGCAUGCUGCAGUAACCAUUCUUGAUCGUUGGAAGGUAGCAAUUGUAAAUCAACAGGGGAAGCAGCUUCAAUCGCCAAAGUUUAUGAACAACUAUCUCGGAAUUGGGUGUGAUGCAAAGGUUGCUCUGGACAUUCAUAAUCUACGGGAGGAGAAUCCAGAGAAGUUUUAUAAUCAGUUCAUGAAUAAAGUCCUUUAUGCAAGAGAAGGUGCUAAGGGUAUAAUGGAUAGAACAUUUGUGGAUUUUCCUUGGCAAGUUCGAGUUGAAGUAGAUGGUGUUGAGAUAGAGGUCCCUGAGGAUGCUGAAGGUGUACUUGUUGCGAAUAUUGGAAGCUACAUGGGCGGUGUAGAUUUGUGGCAAAAUGAAGAUGAAACUUAUGAUAAUUUUGAUCCACAAUCUAUGCAUGAUAAAAUACUUGAGGUUGUGAGCAUUUCUGGAACAUGGCACCUUGGGAAACUUCAGGUUGGGCUUUCUCGUGCUCGAAGACUGGCCCAGGGGCAGUCAAUUAAGAUACAUCUCUUUGCUGCAUUGCCUGUUCAGGUUGAUGGGGAGCCUUGGUUUCAGCAACCUUGUACAUUGGCUAUAUCCCACCAUGGCCAGGCCUUCAUGUUGAAGAGGGCUGCUGAGGAGCCACUUGGUCAUGCAGCUGCCAUUAUCACUGAUGUUGUUGAGAAUGCUAAGACCAACCAUGUAAUAAGGGGAGUGGAGAAGCGAGCGAGGCUGACUUAG